GCAGCUAAAAAAGGCAGAUAAACAGAUGUAAAGUACUCCCUCCGUUUAUAAAAUAAUAUAACUAUGAUAUCCAUGUCAGUCCAUCUAGAGUUUUUUUAAUAUAUAAUUUGGUUAAACUUGAGUAGUCAUAUUUACGCCAAGCAAAACACGCGUCAGUUGCAGCAUACCCCCAAAUUCCGUUGCAACUCCCGGCAAGUCUUUAAUUACUGAUUGUAUCCACCAAAUUCCGGCUUCACAAGAUUCCAUUCAGUUCAGGUGCAUUCUGAAUUUCUGAUAUUUCUCUCGGACUACUCUCACUAUAUAUACAUACACCACUGACCACUGUGCUCUGCAAAUCUAGCUAGCCACCAAAGGCUGGACCAAGAAGAAAUCCAGUAGCGGUAGACAGUACAGUGGUGACGCCAAGAAUGGCGUGCUGCACCAGCCGUCGUCCCGUCCUCGUCGUCCUCUCGGCCACCGCCGUCCUGCUCGCCGUCGUCUUCUUCGGCGCGGCCACGACGACCGCCGCCUCCGCCGCCGCGGCGAGCGCCGCCCCGAGCUACUGCGCGGUGGGGAAGGCGAUCCCCGGCUGCGUGUGGUACGUGGCGAGCCGGAGCUGCGACGUGGUGGCCGCCAUGCUCCCGAACCGGGCCUCCCUCAGGGCGACGUGCUGCGGCCAGCUGCAGAACGUCCCCGCGGAAUGCCGGUGCCGGGCGCUGCGGGUGAUGAUGGAGACGACGCCGCUCGUCGUGGGCGCGGACCCGGGCGCCCAGCGGAGGUGCCGCGCCGCGCAGGCCCGCUUCGCCCCCGCCGUGGUCGCCGCCGGCGAGUGCAGCCUGCGAACCGUCCACGGCAGACCCGUCUGCAAUGCGCUCGACGCCGAGUAAUGGUGAUGCAGAUCGUACUACUAGUACUUGGUUGAAUAAGUAGGGACAUAUGGAUAUGCAUGUAUAUAUCGGUGCGUUGAGGGAUUAAUUAAUCAUAUCUAGAGGAAAUUGAACGUGCCCA